AUGGAAGCUAUACCCUCCCCCACCAAUGACCACAAGGUUGUGCUCAAGCUCCUUAAGAAGGUUAUUUUCCCGCGAUUCGGGGUUCCAAGAGUUCUAAUUAGUGAUGGUGGUUCUCAUUUUGCCAAGAAACAACUCGAAGCUCUCCUCAAACGAUAUGGGGUUCAUCACAAAAUUGGCCUACCUUACCACCCCCAAACUCAAAGACAAGUGGAGGUAUCAAAUAGGGAGAUCAAGAACCUCCUUGAGAGGAUGGUGAACAAGUCUAGAAAAGAUUGGGCUCUCAAACUCGAUGAUACUCUUUGGGCCUUAAGGACGGCACACAAGACCCCAUUAGUACAACCCCUUACCGGUUGGUUUAUGGCAAGGCUUGUCAUUUGUCGGUCGAGUUGGAAUACAAGGCUUGGUGGGCCAUCAAGGAGCUUAAUAAUGGACCUUGGGGAAGCUGGAAAGAAAAGAUUGAUGAAAUUGAAUGAAUUAGAGGAGCUUCGUUUCGAUGUGUAUGAGAAUUCAAGGCUUUAUAAGGAGCAAACAAAGAAGUGGAACGAUCAAAGGAUAAAGUUCAAAGAAUUCAAGGUUGGAUAUGAAGUUCUACUUUUCAACUCUAGACUUCGUCUUUUCCCCGGAAAACUGAAAUCCAAGUGGUCCAGUCCUUUCAAUAUUUCUAAUGUUACUCCCUAUGGGUCCUUUGAGUUAGAUGCGGGCAAUCAUAAGUUUUGGGUUAACGGACACCGCAUCAAACUCUAUCAUUCAAAGAACGAAGUUGGUCGUAUUGAGUGCCUUAGGCUUGACCCCAUGGAUUACGAGCCUUCCCUUGUAGAACUUUUAUGA